AUGCUCAGCCGAAAUCUUCGGCUAUUGUCAAGACUACGUAUAGUUGCAACAUCAACAUCGUAUAAUUCACUCAACAAAGCAGCUGCAACAUGUGUCAGCGUAUCAGCGAAACAUCUACACACCACACAAGUUGCUUGGAAAUACGAUAAGAAAUCAUCGAGACAGUCAAACGAUUUGGACAGCGACGAUGAGGCAGAUGAAGAGUUUAAAGAUGAUCGCGACUCCAAAGUGGUAAAGACCAAAGUGAACUCGCUGCGCGCCGAUUUACUGUUAAAAUCGGGACUUGGCAUGGCCAGAAACAAAGUAGAACAUAAUUUCUAUGAAAGUAAAAUACGUGUAAAUGGAAAAAAGCUUCAAAAAAAGAGCGUCCAGCUAGAUGUUGGCGAUGAAAUCGAUGUUAUCAGAGGCUUUAGUCAGACGAAUCCCUCGCAUUUGGUUAUCGCACGUGUCGUCAUCUUGUCAGCCGCUGAGCGAGAAGAGGGACUCAGCGUUCACUUGCGUCGCUACAAAUCGUUGCUCAUUGAGAACUAUAAGAGUCCCAAUGCAUUCAAGUCUUCGGAGACUGUGGUCCAUUAGCUGUUUACGCUAUUUGUCGUUGAAUAAAUGAUUCAAAACUUA